GUCGUUUGAAAACAAAUGUUUUGUGCCAGAAGCUAAAUGCUUAAUUUUUUUUGUAAAAAACAAGAUGCAGUGUGCAAUACUAUUGAAUAUAUUGAGUAACAGUUUAGAUACACUCGAACCACUUGUGGGGCGCAGCAAAAGUGUAUUAUUUGUUUGCUCUGCUCGGUGUUGCCAGACUGUCCCACUGCAAUUGUAAACAAAGUCGAGGCAAAGUCGAUCGCAAUUUGGCGCAAUGCAAUUUGAAUUUCGUGAAAUGCGGCUGUUGACUGGCAAUGGUAGCGGCAACAGCAUGCAUAAAUACCUUUAAAUGCAAUUCGUAAACAAUGUGCCUUAUCAGUCACUGCGCUCUUGGCUGUCCUAGCAACGCGUGCCAUAGUAACGCCAGCGAUACCAACACACGAAGUGUGCCCGCCGAAUUUGGGGGGCUAGAAAAUUCCUGCAUCUUGGUCGGCAGUCUGUUGUUUACGCCAGGUGACACCAGUUCGACGGCUGUUGGCAGCGGCACCCACGCAAUAUGUCUCAAGCACGGAUAACCACCGCCUUUGGAGCACGGCCGUCGCACGAUUUGCAUACAAACUCCAUAUCGCUGAAACAACGUUCCAAAUCCGCAAAUCCACCGCAAUUACGGCCAUUUAGCGGUAUACAGGGUUCGCGACCCCGUUAUGUGCCGCCAUUUUCCAUACAAUCGCAGCAAAAAAACACGGUCGUCAUUAACGGCCCCAUUCACGAGCCCCCAGUUACGGCAAGCGCGCGCGGCAGAGCGCCGAAUCCCAAAUGUUUGAAGAAACAGCAGAAGUCCAUUUCGUCAAAUAAUCUGGGCGCUAGUCUUCACUCCUGCCCCGCGGUUAAGAAUACGGGGCGUGGCACUUUGUUUCGCAUGUAUUUCGAUCGCGGAGACUUACCCAUUAAAAUGGAAUAUCUAUGCGGUGGCGAUAAGAUUGGCUGGACGGUGGACAUUGACAAGCUGGACUACAGCCUCUAUUUGCCGCUGUUCUUUGACGGCCUGGCGGAGCCAAAACAUCCCUAUAAGACCUAUGCACGCCAGGGCGUUAGCGACCUGCUGCUCGCCGGCGGCGACAAAAUCCAUCCCGUGGUACCGCAACUAAUUCUGCCCUUAAAGAACGCAUUGAGCACCAGAAAUGUGGAGGUGAUGUGCACGACAUUGAAAAUUAUACAACAGCUGGUCAUGUCCUCGGAUAUGGUGGGACCCGCUCUGGUGCCCUUCUACAGGCAACUGUUGCCCAUGUUCAAUGCGUUCAAAGUGAAGAACUUAAACUGCGGCGAUGAAAUCGACUAUGCGCAAAAGAACAAUUUGAAUCUGGGCGAUUUGAUUGACGAGACGUUGCAGGUCCUGGAGCUGCACGGCGGGGAGGAUGCCUUCAUCAAUAUCAAGUACAUGGUGCCGACUUACGAGUCCUGCUAUUUAAAUUGAAGCUGUAGCUGUGGAUUAAGCUGUUUCAAUUAGCCAUGGCUUAUAUAUUUAUGGCCAGUCUCAAAGAAAGCGCUUACACAUUUUAUGCUUCAUAUAUGUAUGCAUAUAUAUAUAUAGAUA